GCCCUUACUUUAUCAUUUUGCAUUCAAUUGUUGUGUAAAGAUUUUCAAGGGUUGCUGCAUGUUUUGCCUCUCUGGAGCCCUCCUUUGUCACAUUUCUUAUGUCCAGUUUGGGUAUUAUAAAAAAAAAAAAUUGUCCUGAUGAUUAAAAGGAAAGAUUUUUGGAGGUUUUGGUUAGUUUUCCAUUUAAAUAUGGCUUAUUUUUUCUAGUUCUUGUAAAACUAACCAAACUUGCAAUUCAAAAGACUAAAUUAUUCUAAGUCUAAAACUUUCUCUUUAAAAACAUGAGGUCUCGAGUAAUAAUACAAAGAUAAAUAAAAAAAUCUCGGCAACUUGAGCUCUUGACCAGGUAAAGCUGUGAAGCAUAGAAAUUAAAAAACUUGGACCGCAAACUGUAAAGAGGAGGAAGAAGAAGAAGAAGAUGACGUUGGGUCUGAUCAAUGCGAACCCCGUGGUCCACGCUAAGAAGGAAAGGGUUGCUCGCACCGAAGAUCUCCACGCCGACGACGCUGUCGAUCCUCUCGAUAUCUAUGAUUUCGUGAGGGAUAUUAGAGAUCCGGAGCACCCCUAUUCGUUAGAGCAGCUCAGUGUGCUUUCAGAGGAGUCGAUCACAGUGGAUGACAAGCUCGGUCGUAUUCUGAUAACUUUUACGCCGACAAUUCAGCAUUGCAGUAUGGCAACAGUGAUAGGUCUGUGCCUGAGAGUUAAACUAAAACACUGCUUCCCUCCUCAUUACAAGGUUGACAUUAAAGUAUCUCCAGGAUCUCAUGCAAAUGAAGAAUCAGUUAACAAGCAGUUGAACGAUAAAGAAAGAAUCGCUGCUGCACUGGAGAAUCCCAACCUUCGCCAACUUGUGGACGAGUGCCUGUAUUCUAAUGAACUCUGACCAAGUAAACUUCACAGCUCAAAACCCACUGUACAAAAGGAAGCUCAGUAAUGCAUAUGCUAUAAGUACUUCUUGUUUUGUUGUAAUAUUACUCAGCAUGUUCGUCUCUAUAUAAAGGAGUUGCUUUGCAGUGAGUGGCCUUGUUAUGUCUACAUGAAAUUCAACUGCAAAGCUUGUUCGUAAUAUUACUUGAUUUAACACGGG